AUGAAGCGCUCUCUCUACGUGGGUGCUGCGAUUGUCGCAGCCCCAAGACUGCUCGCUUUCCACGUCCCGCCUGCUCCGGGUGGCCUUUGCGCCUCUGCGAGCACCAGCAACCGAUGGCGGGCUGUAUCUUCCGCGGGCGGUGGCGGCAGGGCGGGGAAAGCAGGCCUUGCCGCUUUGGGGAAGGGCUUGGGUUGUAGUUUGCGAGCUAGGCCAGGCUGGUGCACACGCUCCUUUUCGUCGCGACUGGGUGCGUCGGCAGGAAACGGCAACGCUUCUUCUCCGCCACCACCAUCGCUGCAGAACAUCCCGCACACUUCUCUGGUGCUGAGGGACGAGGCCACAGGCUGCGACAUUUACUUGGUGGGCUGCCUGCACGGCUCUCACGCAUCGGGACGAGACGUGCAGGACGUGCUCGAGAAAGUGCGGCCCGGGGCGGUGGUGUUGGAGUUGUGCGAGAGUCGGCAUAAGGCACUCCGGCGGGACCUGGAGAAGAGAGCAAAGGGGGACGCGCCCCUUGAGGGCAAAGAGAGGUGGGCGUCGGCCUUCAGCUCCUGGGCCAAGGGGGUCAAGAAAACCUCCGCGAAGUCGGGUCUCGUGCAGGGCAUCCUGUCGGGCCUCCUGAGCGCGCCGUACGUCGUGCAGCGCCUCGGGGACUUCGACCCGGGGCUAGAGUUCAAGACGGCCAUGGUCUACGCCGACCCUUCCGUACGGCCGGGCUACUCGACAGGGGUAGCACGCGGGAUGGUUUCGCCAGCAGCGGGGGGGGGAGCGGGUCCCGGGGAGUGCUCGGUGGUGCUUGGCGAUAGGGAUGUACAGGAGACGCUGAGACGGCUUGGUGGAGCCUUGACAGCGCUCACGGGUCGAGGGGAGGGUGGUGAUGAGAAACACGGGGUGGGUAGGGGAGACGGGGCGCCGGAGGGAGCUUCGCCUGGGGCGGGCGGCGGCGGGGUUAGUGUGGGGACGUUGGAUGCUGCCGAGACCGAGGCAACCUCGGGGUGGAAUUGGGGCACGCUAGCCUCUGAUGCGAGAAUAGUGCGAGUGGCAGUGGUCGGGCCUAGCGGCAGGCAGUGGCCAGACUCGCUGAACGUCUUGGACACCGUGUGGAGGGAGCGACAGGCGUUGGGGAUGCUCUUGCUGCCGCUCUUGCUCCCCAUGAUGGUGGUUUCCGAGACGUUGCAGAGGUCCAUCGGGGGCGUCGCUACGGCAACAGUGGCGGCUUCAGGCAGCGGCGGUGGGGCUUUACGGGGGUUCGGGGCCUUCGGCGGGGUGGGCGGGGUUAAUAGUGCCGGUUCGGCAGGGGUGGGGGGAGGAGUGGCGGCCGUCGACGUCGACCUGGGGCGUUUGCUGGAGGGAACCAGCGAUGUGUUGGACACGCUGUUGGUGGUGCUGUCCGUCUGGUACAUGCUGAGGUUUUUUCGGCUGGUGAUCAAAGAGCGGGACGAUGUGCUCGCCGAUAACGUGAUGAAGGCGUGCCGUGACCACCCCGGUCGCCCGGUGGUGGCGGUGCUGGGGCUGCUCCACUGCAACGGCGUCGCGGACAUUAUCCGAAGUUCCGCCGGUUUCCGAGGCGUUGUCCGAGCGGGGCGCGAGGAGUGA